AUGACAUCGGAUACAUCGACAACAGAAACAGAUUCCCCAUCCGACACUUCUGAUUUAAUCCAGAUCACGAUCGAGUCCGAGAGCGACUCGUCGUCUCGUUCUAUAUCCGCGGGUGCUAUAGCAGGUACCGUAGUCGGCGCCGUCGCCUUCGUUAUCCUAUCCGUCAUAAUCGCCGCUCUAAUAUUCCGCCGGCGUCGGGCCAAAAAGAAUGCUGCUAACGCUCCACCGGUCCCCGUGAAGAGUACAGAUAGUUCGAUCGAUAUCUCGCCGUCACCAGAAAAGGAACCAAAACAGACGACAUCAGCAGCAACGGUGAGACCAGAGAGGCCGCCGACCCGAAGAAGCUUUCUACGACCCCUUUCCAUGAUCCAAGAGCACCCACUCUCCAUCUCUAAGCCCAUACCCAUAUCCGCCAGCUCCUUCGCACCAGGUAUCAGAAGGUAUAAAUCAGCAGCAGCGCGCCAGAGCCCCAGGCCGAAUUGGCCGCUUAGUCCGCCUGGCAAUCCCCUGGGCUCGCACCCGGUCGACGCAAACUUGAUGAAGCGCCUCAGCGAUAGUCGGCUUGGAACCCGCGGCCUGGAAAGCGGAGAAAUUAGCGACAGGCGGCAGAAAAGCCUGCCACGUAUACCUGUACUCCCGUUCCCUCCCCCGCCUCCCCCGGGCACUAGACCCGUAACACCCCUCCCGCCGCUCAAACCGUCGCGUGACUUCGAGGGCACAGGUACCACGCCUACCAGUGCUACGGCGGCGCUUCAAAGCCCGCGGCUAAGCCACGUUCCCGUAUCACCGAUCAUGAGUCGGGUUUUCGAUGGACUUAAUUCGCAUCGUGCCGUAAACAACCCUUCGGCUUCAACUACAAGACCUAUUAGUGCCGUGGGCCCGGAGCCUGUGUCGCCGAUCGGAAGCGACGGGGAAGGAGAAGGGGUAGAUGAUUUGCCACGGCUAAGCUACGUCUCAGCUCCUAGCGCGGCUGACGAAGGCGGACUGGAGCGUGAUGAGCUGGUUUCGCCUAUAGGCGUGUAUGAGGUGGAUAGCGAUACGGAGGUGCCGGAAAGCCCAGUAACGGUUAGUCCGCUGGAGAGCCCGCGGGGGAGUAUGGAUUCUUAG